CCUCGCUCCGCUACGUCCGGGGUAAACGCUUAUCGUCCUUUUGGCAUCAUUGCCUACAUUCGACCCAUCAACCCGCCGUCCCUCGUUCGAGCCGCCACGUACGAUGCCCUUGUUUCGCCGACGUCUGCUACGUUCUCCUGCCAUUCACAUAUUGAUGUCAUCAGCGGCAACUGACAGGCAGGCCGAAUAUCUCUUCGGUCGAGGUAUGCCUACUUUGGACGUGUCUCUUCUGCGCACUCUUGCGUUCGAUUACCCAAUCCGAGUGCAACAGGCAAUAACACCCUCAUACAUGUCGUGUUGUCUUCGAGACUAUGUCACUACACCGACCUCACAGAAUCACGGCAACACUCGUACCUCGUACUUUCGAGCUCUGGUCUUAGGCCCCGCCGGCUGUCUCCCGAUCACUCCUGGUGAUGGGUACUCACCGUAGAUCUCAGGCAGAUCCUCCACGAGAAGAGCUGGCGUCUCGAUUAUCGACAAACCUUGCUCGCGUACUCGUCGCAAGUACUCUGCCACCCUUAACCAGCUAG